AAUGUUUUUCUUCAGCUUUACAUCUAGAGUAAAUAAAUAAAUUUUUUAAUAUUAUGUUAGAACUAAAUUCUAUGUAAGAUUUUUUAGAUGAAAACUUUAGAUUCUUUAUUGAAAUCUUUGAGAUUGGUUAUGAAUUUAUUAAUCCAAAUAAAUAAAAGAGAAAUAGAUAUUAUAGAGAUUAAUCAGAAGAUGAUAUUGCAUAAGUGUUUUGCAUGAGAUAUCUACAAGAAUCAUUGAUGGAAGAAGAAGAUAAGAAAAUAAAAACAUGGAAUUAUUAAACUGCAUAAUUUUGUAGGACAUUAAGAAGUAUUCACCCUGUCUCGCAUUUGAUAUUGAAAAUAAAUAAUUAGGGUCAGGAAGACGUGAUAGAAAUAAUAUUUGUUAGGAUAUUACUAAAGUUAAUUUAUCUUAACUAUUAAAAGAUAUUCUGA